ACACUUCCGGGUUAGCAGGGGGGCGGCGGACUGUUCUCCAGGCUGCAUGCUCCCUGCACUUCCGCUUCCGGUCUGACGUUGGUUCUCCGUUAGUCCCGGUGGUGAAGUGCGCGCUGGGGGAACACCGUAGCCGUGAGCAGCUGUGGGCUAACAGCCAGUCCUCUUCCUCCUCUGCGAGAACAUGUCUCUUUCCAAGCGGGAACUGGAAGACCUGAAGCCAUGGAUAGAGAAGACUGUGAAAGGCGUGCUGGGGUUCUCCGAGCCCACCGUGGUCACCGCUGCCCUGAAUUGUGUCGGGAAGGGAAUGGAUAAGAAGAAAGCUGCUGACCACCUAAAGCCAUUUCUAGAUGACUCCACACUGCGCUUUGUUGAUAAGCUGUAUGACGCGGUCCGGGAAAACCGCGGCUCCAGGCACUCUAGAUCCAGCAGCGACAGAAGCCGGAAGCGUGAGAUAAAGGAAGUGUUUGGGGAUGAUCCAGAUCUCUCAAAGGAUUCUUCCAACUCCAAGAAAAAACGUGUGCCACGCUUCGAGGAGGUAGAAGAGCCAGAAGUGAUCCCAGGUCCACCGUCUGAAAGCCCGGGCAUGCUGACCAAGAUGCAGAUUAAACAGAUGAUGGAAGCAGCCACCCGGCAGAUAGAGGAGAGGAAGAAGCAGCUGAGCUUCGUCAGUCCUCCCGCAGUGCCUAAAUCUUCCUCCAACCAGUCUGAGCGUUCCCACAUCGGGAACACCAUCCAGCCAUCCCAGGCUGCCACAUUCAUGAACGAUGCCAUUGAAAAGGCAAGGAAAGCUGCUGAGCUGCAGGCACGGAUCCAAGCUCAACUGGCCCUGAAGCCUGGGCUCAUAGGAGCUACCAACAUGGUUGGCUUGGCCAACCUUCAUGCUAUGGGAAUUGCCCCUCCGAAAGUAGAGCUGAAAGACCAGUCAAAGCCCACUCCUCUUAUUUUGGAUGACCAGGGCCGCACUGUAGAUGCCACCGGGAAAGAGAUCGAGCUGACCCAUCGCAUGCCCACAUUGAAAGCCAACAUCCGGGCCGUGAAAAGGGAGCAGUUCAAGCAGCAGCUGAAAGAGAAACCUUCAGAUGACCUGGAGUCCAACACCUUCUUUGACCCUCGGGUAUCGGUCAUGCCCGCCCAGCGCACAAAACGCUCCUUCAAGUUCCACGACAAGGGAAAAUUCGAGAAAAUCGCUCAGAGGUUGCGGACUAAGGCCCAGCUGGAGAAACUACAGGCCGAAAUCUCACAGGCAGCCAAGAAGACUGGGAUCCAGACGUCCACCAGGUUAGCACUUAUUGCCCCCAAAAAAGAGAUCAAGGAAGGGGAGAUUCCGGAGAUCGAGUGGUGGGACUCCUUCGUCAUUCCCAAUGGAAUUGAACUGAGAGCAGAAACGUUAGCACGACGGGAAGAAUUCCACGGAAUCACAAAUCUCGUUGAGCACCCGGCACAGCUCAGCCCUCCAGUUGACACAGAUGCACCAGUCACACUAGGGGUUUACCUUACCAAAAGAGAACAGAAGAAACUACGUCGCCAGACUAGGAGGGAGGCGCAGAAGGAAUUGCAGGAGAAAGUACGAUUAGGACUUAUGCCUCCACCAGAACCCAAAGUGCGAAUAUCCAAUCUGAUGCGAGUUUUGGGAACGGAAGCAAUCCAGGACCCCACGAAAGUAGAGGCACACGUCAGAGCACAGAUGGCAAAACGACAGAAGGCUCAUGAAGAAGCCAAUGCAGCCAGAAAACUAACGGCAGAACAGAGAAAAGAGAAGAAAGUAAAAAGGUUAAAGGAAGAUAUUACACAAGGCAUCCAUGUAGCUGUAUAUAGUAUUCGAAAUUUAAGUAGUCCAUCCAAAAAGUUCAAGAUUGAAGCAAACAUCAACCAGCUGUACCUGACAGGAGUAGUCGUGCUACACAAAGAUGUAAAUGUGGUGGUAGUGGAAGGAGGGCCAAAAUCACAGAAGAAAUUUAAACGACUGAUGCUGAGUCGAAUUAAAUGGGAUGAGCGGACGACAAAUUCCAAGGCAAAUGAUGACGACGAGUCAGACGAGGAGACAGUAAAGAAGUCCAACAAGUGCUCUUUAGUAUGGGAGGGAACAGCCAAAGAACGCAGUUUUGGAGAUAUAAAAUUUAAACAGUGCCCCACAGAGAACAUGGCACGGGAACAUUUUAAGAAGCACGGUGCUGAGCACUACUGGGACUUGGCGCUGAGUCAGUCUGUUUUGGAGACUGCAGACUGAGCUAUACGUCAGGUAUUGAUUUACCCCACGCCGCACUUCCUACAACUAAGACAUGACUUCCGAGUAUGGAUACCUCCCAGAUGUUACCAGAUAUGUUUAGCCGUCCCACAGGACUCUGGCACAAGCGGAUAGACAGUCAUCUUCUGGAUAACCGGAAACUAAACGAAAAUACUGGUCCCUCUAAAUAUUGCUGCAGACUGGACAUUAACCCCUAAUUGUUUGAGUUGUCUGAAACACGCUUCGUUUGAGGCUUUUCUAGAAGCAACAGGUGUUAAUGAAUUUGUAAAUGUUUGACAUAAGUAGCAAUCUACCUGGAGAAAGAGGUAAAGUGAAUAUAGGACCUCAUCGGUUGUUUUCAGAAAGCAGAUAUCUUGUAGAGUUCAUUUGCUGUGUAGCAGGGCGAGAUGACUCGUGUACAGGGUAUUACAGGCGGCUUCUUGCUCAGUGGUGGAGGUGGGCACAGCGACUGCUCGCACUUUUACUGCGGAGCCUUUCCCAGCGACUCGGGCAUGUAGAUUUUAUGCAGCAGGGAAGGGCCUUACAAGAUUGGUGUUUUUAGAAAACAAUUGAUAUCCCAUUGGAAAUUAGAAAAAUAAGGCUUACGUUUUUUUUUUUUUUUUAUAAUAUCACUUUUUUUUUUUAACCUCUUCUUUUUGGGGGUAACGGUAAGCCUUAUUUGUAAUUCUGAGAGUUUCCUUUAUUCUUUCAUGCAAAAGAAAAAUUAAAAACAAAAAAACAAAAAAAACCGGUGUGAAUGACAUAUUUCAGUAUCUCCCGUUAAUGUCUGAUGAAUAUUCACUGUGGCUAUAAAUUUGCGUUGCUGUUUAAACCUCUUUACUUAGGGGGGUGGGGCAAAGCCAGAACCCUAUAUUUGUAUGCCAUUUUUCUCACGUUGAGCAAGGUUGAUCUUUACUCAUAUACGUAGGGAUCAAUUGAAUUGUGGUCAUGACGGCAAUGUGUGUAGCAAUGGCUUGCCAAACUGGCCCGAUUGCACCUUAAUUUAACCUUGAAUUCUAAAUGUGUUUGCGUACAUUAAUGCAAAUCUUGGACCUAUACCGCGCAAUUGAAUAGACUCCGACGAUUGUAACUUCUGUAUUGAGAGAAUCUGAGGGUGGGUUUUUAUCUCAUUAACGCUCCACUACUAUGUCUAUGAAAGAUUUGGCAAGCUUGACCCCUUUCCCUCUUCCUUUUUUCUAUGGCAAAUCCACACCUCUAUUGUUUGUUCACAAACUUUAUAUUGUGGGUUUUCACUGGAGCUGUAUUAGGAGCAGAUGCCACCAUGUAUGGCUGCAUCUGACAUCUAGGGCAGGGGUAUGCAACAUAUGGUCGUCCAGCAGCUGGCAGGGCAUGCUGGGACGUGUAGUCGUACAACAGCUGGAAGGCUGCCUGUUGAAUUUCCUUCAUCAAGGGAGUGGGGACGCAUCGGUGAUGUUGGUGGUAGUGAAGCCUUAAUGCAAUGACUUGUUUUCUAGGUUUUACAUUUGAGCAAUUUGACGUUUGUUUAAAACUACUGAAAGCUUGAGUCUUUCUGCAGCAGGGUACAUUGUUCCACA